AUGGAACCGCUCAUCAUUGACAACCUGUACAAAUUUGGGGACGAGGAGGUGCGGUUAGGUAUCGAUGAAGCGGGAAGAGGUCCUGUACUGGGACCCAUGGUAUACGCAGGAUUCUACUGUAACAAGGAACAUGAAAAAUUACUAAAAGAAAUGAAAAUUGACGACUCGAAAAAAAUAAGCGAAGCAGACAGAGAAAUGAUGUUCCUCAAAUUAAACAAUUCAACCUUGCCAUUUGGAUGGAGAAUACAUGUGCUCAUGCCACAAGACAUAAGUGCCAAAAUGUUGAAAAAGCAAAAAUACAAUUUAAACGAAAUUUCUCAUGAUACGGCAAUUUCUAUCAUUGACCAUGUUAUAAAUCGAGGAUGUAAUUUGACUGAAGUUUUUGUAGACACUGUUGGGAAGGCUAGUGUGUAUGAAGAAAAAUUGAAAAAAUUAUUUCCACAUAUAAAAUGCACCGUUAAGGAGAAAGCUGAUUCUUUAUACCCAGUCGUUAGUGCUGCAUCUAUAUGUGCCAAAGUGACACGUGAUUUUCUCAUCAAAAAAUGGAAAUAUGAGGAACCGAUAGUUAAUAUUGACAAAGGGUUCGGGUCCGGAUACCCUGGGGAUCCAAUAACAAAGAAUUUUUUAAAAAAUAAUUUCGAUUCCGUUUUUGGCUUCCCAACUGACAACAUGCUGGAAACUAUGGGUGAGCAAAUCGAGUGGUACGAUGACAUCGAAAAUAAUGACUCAAAAGCGAUAAAAAGGAAAACGCCUUUUGAUUACAGCAAACUCCAAAAACCCUUCGUGCAGCGAUCUGUCUUUUACUCCAAGGUCGGCUUAGACCUUGUGGAAAAUUUGUGA